GCAUUGCUCUGGGAAAUGGCAAGAGCUCCCCGAUGGAACCAGAGAAUAGCUCAAAGAGACUUUACAAAGACACAGCCAGGGAAGCCCAGCAGCUGGAAGUGUUUGAAAGGUGGAUUAAUUACCACUUGGAGAAGAGACAAUUAUCAAGGAGAUCGGUGAAUGUGUUGCAGGAUUUACAGGAUGGAGAAUUUUUCAUCAUCUUCCUCGAAGCAUUAACUGGCGAUCUCCUGCCCCGGAUCACAGGUCUCUGGUUCUUGCUAACAUUCUUCACCUACUGGAGACGCAAGUGGAACCUGGCGAUUGCCUUCACUUACCUGGAACAGCAGCAGAUAAACCUGGGGAAUAUCAGCAUCAAUGAGAUUCUGUCUGGGAACCCUGAUGUGAUUCUUCAACUGAUGGGCAAUCUGGUUGCUCACUAUGAGGUGAUCAUACCAGAGCAGGGCUAUAGUCUGAAACAACAAACUGUGUUUAUAUAG